CGCCGCACACCCUCCUCCCUCCAUAAAUGGCCACUCCCGCUCCCACCCUGCCGGAGCCGGCCGCGCAAGAGCUGACCGCUGCCGUCGCCGGCGCCGGCCAGCGGCAGCAGCCCCAUCACCAGCACCCGCUCCUCGCGGCGGCGGCUGCGGCGUCGCUCCUCGCCGUGCUCUACCUCCCCCGGCCGGUGCUGCUGCUCGUGCUCUCCCCGGCCUCGCUCUCCUCCCUGCUCCUGCUCCUCUCCCUCCUCCACCUCGGCUCCACGCCGCCGCCGCCGCCUCCCGCUCUCGCCGCCCCUCCUCCUUCCUCCCCGCCGCCGACGGAGGAGAAGAAGCAGCAGGAGCAGGAGCAGGCUCCAGAGGCCGCGUGCCCGCCGCCUCCCCCUCCUCCGCCGCCGCCAGAGCCGGAGCGUGGGGCCGUGUUCCCGGAGCUCCUGGAGUUCGCGUCGUGGGCGGCCAAAGGGCGCGCGCUGGAGGUGAUCCACGAGGAGUUCGAGGCCGAGUGGGGGCUGCCGGAGGAGAUGGGACUGCCGUGGGACUCGGACUCGGACUCCGACCCCGACUCGGGCAGCGACGACGGCUACGUCCGGGGCGGCGGCGACGCGGACGACGGCAUGAUCGAGAUCGAGCUGGAGGAGGACAGCCUCAUCGAGAUCGACAUCUCCAGGUGCCGGUGAGCGCGGUUACCGAUUGGAUGGACCGCGUAUCAUCGUCUUCAGUUUUUUCCCCCCUCCCUCCCUUCCGUUCCCGUCUCCCGCGGAUUAAGAUCCCUGGUACUUGGAGCUGAGGCUGUCGACAAGAUUUCUCUUCUUAGUGAGUGAUUAGGCGUGCGGGGUGAUUGGAGUUCUUUCUUCUGUUGCUUUUUUAUCUAGAUGGCUUGCCGCCAUGUACAUAUAGGAUUUUACGGUGAUGAGAUAGGGAGCGACAAGCUCUGCUCUGCUUGCUUUCUUUUGUUCCUCUUUAUAUACUGAUGAAACAGCUUGAUUUGGUCGUUUUGAGACGAGGACGGCCAUGAUAACUCGG